AUGGAGAGUGGUGAGGUGCCCGCGGUGAAGGCACCAAACCUGCAAGACUUGGCAGCACAGGCAAGCUUGUUGCAGCAAGAGAUUAAGCGCCAGAAGAUUUUGGCACCUCCUGACCUCAUCGAGCAGAACAGCUUCCUGCUUCGACAGGAGCAACGACGGUGGCAGGAUGCAAUCAGUUCCGUGGAACGAGAACCGUCGCAUCAUGAAGAGAAGCAAGCAGUCUUGAAGGAGUUCCAAGUCUGUAAUCGGAUGCACAAGGUCAUGACAGAGGUAACGAACCUCAUCAAGCAACAUGCCGAAGGGGAGUCCCGUCUGAUUCGAGCAGAGCUUGCUCAGUUGCAGAGCAGAGAAGCCGACGCCCCCAACCAGGAGCUGCAGCGGCAGGUCCAAGAGCUUCAAACGGCAAAGCAGAAGCUGCUUGAGAGCCAGCCCAACGCGGAAAUCUCGUCGGCAAACUCAAAGGAGCCGGCAGGAAAGGGCACAGGAGCCAAAGGAGGCCAAGGAGGCAAAGGAGGCAAAGGAGGCAAAGGCAAAGGUCCACCCUUGCCAAGCUCCAUGCCCGUUCCGAAACCGAAAGCCAAAUGCCAGGUCGAGAAGAAGAAGAGUAACUUGGUCACCCUGUACUGGAGACCACUGCCGGCGAGCGUGGGUAAGAUUAAUGCUAGUAGCAGCGGCCUACUGAAGCAAUGCGAAGAGAUGCUUGCAGCGGCAUCUGGCAUAUCGGAAACAAGCUACGACGAAGAGCAGCAGCUUGGAGCAGUAUACGAUAAGCCAGAGGCUCCGGAAAGCGAUAAUCUUCCAGAGUCGAUGAUCGAGGUCUACUUCCAGAGGCGGGAAGCAGCUGUACACCUGGACUCUGGCAAGUCGGACAAGAUCUCCAUCCUGGACGAGAAGCAGCGGCGGAUGUUGGGCAUUCUAAUGAGCAAGUACCGGAUGAAGAACAAAGACAGUGAUCGGGAGAUCGUGGCCAUCAUGAAGCAGGCAGUACUCAGCUGCAAUUACGACGUGCUCAGAGAGGAGGGUCUCUGCAUGCUUCGCAAAGUGAUACGAGACCACGCGUUCACGGGGAACAAGAUUCGGGAGUUUGUCCAGGCCAAUGGAGAGGCGGCGCUGAAGAAGCUGAGAGACCCGUGGUUGCAUCGGCUCGUUCACGAAGUGCUCAAGGUACCCCAGAUCGAGGAACGGCUUGAAUGUAUGCUGUUUCAAUUGGCUUUCGAGGACGGCUUCACGAAGUGUGCCCAAGACAUGGAAACACUUUGCCAGGCUCUCCAAGCAUUAAGCGCCAAACAGGUGGAGCUGCGCAGGUUCUUCACACUUGCUCACCGCCUGGGUACCGCUCUGAACAGCAACUGCCUGGCUCCUCAAGCUCCCAAUGGCUUCAGCCUCUCCUCACUCGAGAAGCUGAUCCAGACCAAGUCGACAGCUUCGCCCAAGCACAACAUGCUGCACUUCGUCUUGGCCAUGAUGACACCCUCGGUCGCAGCAACGCUCUUCACCGACACGGAUAUCAAGCUCCUGGCCAAAGCCAAAGCAAUGAAGAGUUUUACCGUGUACCAGGAUUGCACUGAGCUCACGCAGGGCUUCCAGGCAAUCUGCCAGAUAUGUCAGACAGGCAGGUAUCAGAACACCACGACGGGAGAGAAGGUGAAAAUGGAGCGGAGGAGGAUGACCAAAGCUUCCAGAGAUGAGGCUGAGGAGAUGAUUGAUGACAACGACACUUUCCACAAUGCCAUGCAGGCCUUUGUCGACAAGUACGAGCGCCAAGUUGCAGCCGUGGAGCAGGGCUGCUAUUGCUCCUUCAUCAUGUACAAGGAGCAAGCAUUGUUCCUCGGCGAUCUGUCGGUGUAUCCUCCGCCGAAGGAGGAUCAGGAUGGCAAGGCCGAUCUUGUGGUCAUUAUGCACAGACUGGCCGUGCAGGUGCGACGACAUGCUGAAGAAGUGGAGCAGGAUGGGCUGCGGGAAAGUUUGGCAGCAACAUGUGAACGUGGUGGUGCCUAA